GGGCCUGACCACAAAAAAGUUGACGCCUUUUUCUGGCAUCAGCAACGAGACUUUUUAUAUUUCCUAUCCUACGCUCUGCUCUACUUUGCCUCUCAUCAGAGCGGAAGGUGCGCCGCGUUUCCCGGGCACAAACUGAGGCACCUCCGGAUAUUUACUUACCUGCCCGUCGGGCAUGUGACCACCGAAGCGGGGUCCUUUUACGCCUAAGCAAAAACGAAUUGCGAAAGAGCAUUUGCCUCGCCACGGUGAAGAGGGAAAAGAGUUAUCCGGUAGGUACAGACCGGUCUCCUCCAGAAGCAUACGGAGAUGGAGCGGCUGUGCGGACCGGAGCUCCCCUUUUGGGUAGCCAAUCAGACGCUCCACACAGAUCAGCCCGACCUCCCUUUGUGUUUCCAACUCACUGUCCUUUCAUGGCUGCCGUGCAUUUAUCUAUGGGGUGUCUCCCCCAUCUACCUCUUCUACCUAAAGAAGAACAACAGAGGCUACAUCAUGAUGUCAAUCAUGAACCGCUUCAAAACGGUAUUUGGCUUGCUGUUAUGGGUUGUUUGCUGGACAGAUCUCUUCUACACAUUCCAUGAAACGCAGCAGGAAAUCAGUCAACCGCCCAUUUUCUUUAUCACCCCGCUUGUGCUUGGCAUGACUAUGCUGCUGGCCACAUUUUUCAUCCAGUAUGAGAGGUUACGUGGGGUCCAGUCCUCAGGCGUUCUCUUCAUCUUCUGGUUCCUGUCUGUGCUAUGUGCCAUUGUGCCUUUCCGCUCCAAGAUCCUACAGGCAUUCAGCCAGGUUGAAGUCACAGACAAGCUGCGCUUCAUCACGUUUUACUUCUAUUUUGGCUUGGUGGUCUUGGAGCUGAUCCUUUGCUGCUUCAAUGAGAAACCUCCGCUCUUUUGUAGUGUUGUCACAGACCCCAAUGUCUGCCCUGAAUCCACAGCUGGUUUUCUCUCAAACAUGACAUUUUGGUGGUUCACAAGUAUGGCCAUUAAAGGAUACAAAAUGCCCCUCGAGGCCAAGGAUCUCUGGUCUCUGAACCAGCGUGACAGCUCCAAGGCAAUGGUCCCAAAACUCCUUAAGGAGUGGGAGAAGGAGAAAGCCAAAGCAAUGCGUCAACAGAAUCCAUCCAAUCAAGUUUUUUACUCCAAGCCUCCACUAUCCACCAGCAACAACAUAGUAGGUGAAAGUGUAACUAGCCCAGAAGAUGAAGUGCUCCUCUCUGGUCAGAAAGCUGCACCUCGCCAGCCAUCGUUUUUACGUGCGCUCAUCACAGCCUUUGGACCCUACUUCCUUAUUGGUUCAGCUUUCAAGCUUCUCCAGGAUGUCAUCACAUUUGUUAACCCUCAGCUUCUCAGAAUGUUGAUCUCGUUCACAAAACAAAAAGGUGUCCCUGACUGGUGGGGUUACUCGCUGGCCUUCCUCAUGUUCUUCACAGCUUUUAUACAAACUCUCAUCCUCCACCAGCACUUUCAGUAUUGCUUUCUCACUGGCAUGCAUCUACGCACAGCUCUCAUCGGUGCUAUCUACAGAAAGUCGUUGGUAAUAACUAAUGCUGCCAAACGCUCAUCUACGGUGGGAGAGGUGGUUAACCUGAUGUCUGUGGAUGCUCAGAGAUUCGUGGACCUCACCACCUUCCUCAACAUGCUAUGGUCUGCUCCUCUCCAGAUAAUGCUUGCAUUGUAUUUCCUCUGGCAGAAUCUGGGCCCCUCGGUUCUGGCUGGAGUUGCUGUCAUGAUCCUACUAAUCCCACUAAAUGCUAUUAUUGUCAUGAAAAGCCGUUCCUAUCAGGUGGAGCAGAUGCAGCACAAAGACAGUCGCAUUAAACUCAUGAAUGAGAUUCUUAAUGGGAUCAAAGUACUGAAGCUGUACGCUUGGGAAAAUUCAUUCAAGGAAAAGGUGCUGGCCAUCCGACAGAAGGAGCUCAACGUGCUUAAGAAGGCGGCCUACUUGGGAUCGUUAUCAACGAUGGCUUGGACGAGUGCCCCAUUCAUGGUUGCACUGACGACAUUUGCUGUGUAUGUAAUGGUGGAUGAGAACAACAUCCUAGAUGCGGAGAAGGCCUUUGUGUCACUCUCACUAUUUAACAUUCUCCGUUUCCCUCUGAACAUGCUUCCCCAAGUCAUAAGCAGCCUCGUACAGACAAGCGUCUCAUUGAAGCGAAUCCAAAGUUUCUUGAGUCAUGAUGAGCUGGAUCCUAAUUCAGUGGACAGAAAGAACACACAGUCAGAUUUUUCAGUCACAGUUGUCAAUGGGAAAUUCACCUGGGCAAAAGAAGAUGCCCCUAUUCUGCACAACAUCAAUGUGUUGGUGCCCCAAGGCUCUCUACUGGCAGUCGUGGGCCAUGUUGGCUGUGGGAAAUCCUCCUUAAUUUCUGCCCUGCUGGGUGAAAUGGAGAAACUUGAAGGAGACGUUUCGGUCCGGGGAUCAGUGGCAUACGUUCCUCAGCAGGCCUGGAUACAGAACGCCACACUGCGUGAUAACAUCCUGUUUGGGAAAUUGUACAAUGAACAGAAGUACCGCUGUGUUCUGGAGGCCUGUGCCUUAACCCCUGACCUUGAGGUUUUACCAGGAGGAGACAUGACGGAAAUAGGAGAAAAGGGCAUUAACCUCUCUGGAGGCCAGAAACAGAGGGUCAGCCUGGCCCGAGCUCUGUACAGUGAUGCCGAUGUGUACCUUCUGGAUGACCCGCUGUCUGCUGUUGAUGCCCAUGUGUCCAAACAUAUAUUUGACAACCUCAUAGGUCCAGAAGGGGCUCUGAAGGGCAAGACCCGUAUUCUGGUGACACAUGGCAUUAGCUACCUGCCCCAGGUGGACAAUAUAGUGGUGAUGGUGGAUGGAAGAGUGUCAGAAAUGGGCUCAUAUCAAGAGCUGCUAAAGCAGAAUGGAGCAUUUGCUGAGUUUCUCAGGAACUACGCUUUGGAGGACGACAUUGAGGAGGAUGAAGCCACAGAGGAAAUAAUCGAUGAUGAGGAUUUGUUUCCCGAAGACACCCUUAGCAACCACACUGACAUGAUUGACAGAGAACCAGUGAUCAUUGAGGCAAAGAGAAAAUUCAUACGGCAAAUCAGCAUCAUUUCAGCAGAUGGUGAGACCCCUAAAUCCAGGUCAUUGAGGAGGAAUGGCUGCAGUCAGAGGAAACACACUGAGCCACAAGAAAAGGAGGAGUCUCAAAGGAUAGAGAAACUCAUCCAGGCAGAGACGGCGGAAACAGGCAGGGUCAAACUAAAGGUCUACCUAGAGUACAUCAAGGCAGUGGGACUGCUGCUUUCUGUGCUUAUCUGCAUUCUAUAUGGCUGCCAGAGUGCAGCUGCAAUCGGAGCAAACAUUUGGCUCAGUGAAUGGACCAACGAUGCAUUGCAAAAUCAAACUGAGGAGAAUGUUAAUAUGAGGGUGGGUGUGUACGCAGCGCUAGGAAUAACACAAGGUGUGCUGUUGUUGGUUACCUGCCUGUUGUCCCAGACCUACAGUAUGAUACGGGCAGCCAAGCUCAUGCACUGCAAACUGCUUCAGCAGGUCCUGCGAGCACCGCAGGCCUUCUUUGAGAGCAACCCUGUCGGGCGGUUAAUAAACCGCUUCACUAAAGACAUGGAUGCCAUAGACUCCCAGAUCCCACAUCAAAUUGACAUAUGGAUGCACACUUUCUGGUACACACUGAAUGUGGUGCUCAUAUGCUCUGCCCUCACCCCCAUGUUUCUCUUAGUUGUAGCCCCAUUAAUGGUGUUCUAUUGGUGGGUUCAGAGAUUUUAUGUUGCCACAUCUCGGCAGCUGAAGCGUCUGGAAUCCAUCAACCGCUCGCCCAUUUAUUCCCAUUUCUCUGAAACCAUCACUGGCUCGAGUGUGAUCCGAGCCUUUGGUAGACACUCCGCAUUUGUUUUCAUGAGUGAUAUGAAAGUGGAUGAGAACCAAAAGAGUUACUAUCCUGGCAUAGUGUCGAACAGGUGGCUGGGUGUGCGCAUAGAAUUCAUCGGGAACUGCAUAGUACUGUUUGCUGCUCUGUUUGCUGUCACUGGAAAGGAUGAUCUCAACCCAGGGCUUGUGGGUCUGUCAGUGUCUUAUGCUUUGCAGGUGACCAUGUCUCUAAACUGGAUGGUGCGGAUGACUUCUGAUCUGGAGAACAACAUUGUUGCUGUGGAACGGGUGAAGGAGUACUCAGAGACCAAGACAGAGGCACCCUGGGAAAUCGAGGACAAGAAACCCCUUCCUGACUGGCCCAUACAGGGGAACGUAGAGUUCCACAACUACAGUGUCCGAUACCGAGAGGGACUGGAUCUGGUCCUGAAAAACUUGUCACUGAGUGUCAAAGGAGGAGAGAAGGUUGGUAUUGUAGGACGAACAGGAGCUGGCAAGUCAUCCAUGACGCUCUGCCUCUUUCGUUUGCUCGAAGCUGCUGAGGGAGAGAUCUCCAUUGACAAUGUUAAGAUAGCUGAGAUAGGCCUCCAUGACCUGAGGUCCAAGCUUACAAUCAUUCCACAGGAGCCCGUCCUGUUCUCUGGAACAUUGAGGAUGAACCUCGACCCGUUCGAGAAGUACAGUGAUGAAGAGGUGUGGAAAGCUCUGGAGCAUUCCCAUUUGCACAAGUUUGUGAGAAAGCAACCAGCAAAACUGGAGAUGGAGUGCUCAGAGGGUGGAGAGAACCUAAGUGUGGGCCAGAGGCAGCUGGUGUGUUUGGCUCGAGCUCUUCUGAGGAAAACGCGAAUCCUUAUCCUGGAUGAAGCCACUGCUGCUAUCGACUUGGAGACGGAUGAUCUCAUCCAGUCUACCAUCAGGACUCAAUUCGAAGACUGCACUGUCUUCACCAUUGCGCACAGACUUAACACAGUUAUGGAUUAUACAAGAGUGCUGGUGUUGGACAAGGGACAGAUUGCAGAGUUUGAUAGUCCUACAAAUCUUAUAUCACAGCGUGGGAUCUUCUAUGGAAUGGCGAAAGAUGCUGGGCUGGUGUAGUCGAGGGUUUUGUUUCUUCAUAGAACUUAACAAUAGACUUGAGCAUGGUUUGGCAUCAUUUGAAUUUGAGCGAUUCUGGUCCCAAUUCCAGUUCCUCGUUUCGAUUUCAGUUCCAAACGAUUCUAGAUUCCGAUUAUUUUAGGGCACAGAGUCUUAAAUGUUUGUAUGGUUUCAAUAAAGGGUUUCGAAAUUGUGAACAUCAAAUUUCUUAGCGGCCUGCAGUAUAAACUAAAAUGAACAUUUGACUCCCAGUUCUUUGUAAGCAGUAUCAAUAUCAAAUCUAUGAGCUAAAAGGCAAUGUGUGUGAAAUCAGCCCAAUUGACUUAAUGUUCAUUAUUGGUUCAGAUAAAAGUUAAAUAUAACGUUGUUAAAAUAGUUAUUUGCAUUUUAUCACUUCAAAUGGUUUAUAUGUGUAACUCUUAACUUGAUUUCCUGUUUACCAUCUGAAGAACAUAUGUAGACUGAAGGGUUGCAUGUGUCAAGCAGACCAGCAGAAGCCCAUCCAUGCUUUUAUCUCAAGUAGACUUGACUACUGUAAUGGUCUUCUGACUGGACUAACUAUUCAAAAAGAGAGUUAAACAGCUGCAGCUCAUUCAGAAUGCUGCAGCCCGGGUACUGACCCCAACAAAACGGUCACAGCAUAUAACUUCAAUUCUAAAGUCCUUACACUGGCUUACAAUCACGUUUCGAAUAGAUUUUAAAGUUCUGCUACUGGUGAAUAAAUCACUUAAUGGUUUAAGUCCUUAAUACAUGAAAGAAAGGCUAACGGAAUACAAACUCAGUAGAGCUCUGAAAUCACCUGACUCAGGUCUAAUAAUGGGGUGCAGAGUCCAAAGCAAACAUGGUGAAGCAGCACAGGUGACAUCAGCCGCAAGUGUGAUUUUUUUCAAAUUCAGGCUGAAAACCUCUUGUGCUUUUUAGAGUGGUAAUAAUAUAUCUUGCACCGUUUAAUUGUACUUAUAUUUUUUUCAUUUCUUAUAUAUAUAUAUUAUAUCAUUUUUAUUGUUUUCUCCCUUCUUUUAAAUGUUUGAUUUCUUUGUAUUCAAAUCCUUUUAAUCAUGUAAAACACAUUGACUUAUCUUGUCUAUGAAAGGCGCUAUAUAAAUACAUUUGCUUUGCAUUAAGAAUAAAGCCUUUUAUGUUGAAGGUUUGCGUCCUAACUUUUUGGGCACUAAAAAUAACUUCACACAACAGCGGUAAAAAGAGUAAUGAAUGGAACCAAAUGCUCUGUAAAUGAUUCCUUUACCUACACACCGACAUGAGACAAGGUUGGUGUUUGUGAUACUAUGAGGUAACUUUUUGUGAAUUUUGUUGCAAUUCAUUGUGAUGUAAAGUUGCUAGUUUGGCCUAAGGUAAAGUUUUAGCUGAAUUUUAAGCUGUAAUGUUACUGUUGUAAUUUCCAUUUUCGUCUUUUGUCUAUCAUCAGUUCUCACAUUGGUUUGAAGACUAAAACACUAGAAACCAUCAGUGCAAGAGUGCAACCCACCGUUUAACUUGUUUUCUGCCUCCAUGUUCCCAUAGACCCCUUUUAUUGUUUCACUCACCCAACCGACUUCACUCCUGCUCAUGGUUGUGUGUAAACAUGGCUGCCGUCCUGUUGAACAGAUGACCUGACCAGAGCAUGGAAUUCCAACCUCUUCGAUGCACAUACCGGUACUUAACAAUUGAAAAAAUCUCACGGCACACCAACAAACAAAAAUGUCACAUAAAGUAGAUAAUUCAUUGCUGUAUGUACUUAAUGCUAUCUAAUAGAAGAAUUCUGGUAUUAAUUUGUUGUCUGUCGCUAUGCCUCAUUGGCAUAAAUAAAUGAACAAAGAUACAUUAUUUAUUGGAAAUGUAUCUUUUUGAACAAUUAAGUACACAUGUAUUUAGAGUGGGCGUCACGGUGGCACAGCUGGAAAGCAUUGGCCUCACAGUUCUCCGGACCAGGGUUUGAUCCUGGCCCCACCUGUAUGGAGUUUGCAUGUUCUCCCCGUGCGUGCGUGGCUUUUCUCCGGGCACUCUGGUUUCCUCCCACAUCCCAAAAACAUGCAACAUUAAUUGGAUACUCUAAAUUGCCCCUUGGUCUGAUUGUGAGUGCAGCUGUUGUCAGUCUCCAUGUGUCCUGCAUUUGGCUGGCAAGCAGUUCAAGGUGUCUGCUGCCUCCUGCCCGAUGACAGCUGGGAUUGGCUCCAGCGCUCCCUGCGACCCUUGUAAGGUUAAGCAGCUAAGAGGAUGGAUGGAUGGAUGGAUGGAUGGAUGGAUGGAUGGAUGAUAGAUGGAUAUAGAGUGGAUGAACAGGUAAUUUAAAUAGUCAUUGCUCCAUCUUGUGAUUGGAUCAGUGCACAGUUAUUGGUUAUCGUUUUUUUAAACUCACUGAUUGGUGAUUAGCCCCAAAAAUCCUGAUCGUGUAGAGAGCAAUAAUCUUAUUCUAAGCAUUGCACUGAGGUGACUGCUCAUUUAUUUUAACAUAGUUAAGACAUGUUUGUUGGCUGCUGCUGUUGAGCAGAAUCACUUCUUCGUUGAUGCUCUUUUUUGCUGGUUUUCGUCGCUUCUUCUUCGGCAUCGGCAAACUGUAAGGCAUCGAAGCAAGGAACUGGAACCUUUUUUUAUUUGAACGAUUCCGGGAGAACUGGUAUGUUAGUGUUUGAUCCAGUCGGUUCUUGAUGCCCAACCCUUGUCUUGAGCCCUAUUGUAGAGUUGCAAAUGACUACAUCAUGUCAUUUAAUCAUCUCAUACUGAGGGGACAGUUCUCUGUUUCAAGAAAAUGGUAAAUUUACUUUAUUUUAAAUAAAUAAACUUCCUUUAAAUUUGACCUCAAAUGCCUUCAAGCAGUGGGGUGAGGAAGACAAGUGAAUGUAUCAUUUUCUAGUGAGCUGUCGCUACCGCAAAAUAAAACAAGUAAACAUCAAACAGAGGCAUUGUUACUUUUUUUUUUACUAGUGAUAAAACAUUAUGCCACUGUCCUGUCCGCAAAAAUCCUUUAUGAUGAACCCAUUUAUUUUUGUACUGUAUCGUUAUUUAAGAUUUUCUUUUUUUCACUUUUUUAUGCAAAUAGGGAUUUUUUUUUCCAGUAAAAUGUGAUUCUUCUGUGAACCAAGUCUAUCUAUAAAACUUGAAUUCUGUAUGACCAUUAAAUGAAAUAUGAUAAUGCUUGUAUUAAA